CUUUGUAAUAUAUUCCUAACAGAUUCCUUUAUAUUCUGUUUCAAGCGGAAAAGAGCUUGAAUGCAUUUUCCUGAUAUCGAGGACAUUGGUUUUUUGAAUAUAAAAGAAUAAUGUCGGAUGAUGACCGUCCAAGAAAACGGGCAAAAAAAGCUCUGUCACAUGAAUGUACAGUAAUUUUGAUUGAUGUUGGAGCAAAUAUGAAUAGAAAAGGAAUUGCUACUACAGAUAUGCAAUUAGCAAAGGAUACCGUGGAAUGGAUCAUAACAAGAAAGAUUUUCACCGAAUCAGCUGAUGAAUUUACGCUGGUGCUUUUUGGCUCAGAACUAACACAGAAUCCAGUUACAGUUGAUGAAAAUAUCUUUUUUUGUGAGGAAGAGAUGCAACAAGCUAAAAUUGAUUGGUUGCGGCUUAUUGAUAAAGAAAUCAAACCGAGUAAAUCAACCAAUGGUGACUUCUUGGCUGCGCUAAUUGCGGCGCUAGAUUAUAUGAGAAAUCAUCUGGAAAGCUGGCCGAAAAGCAAUAUCACUGCACGAAAUAUUCUUUUGGUAACAAAUCUGGGUGGUUUUAAUGAAAAUGUGGAUGAAGAAUGUAUAGGAGCCGUUAUAAAUGGCAUGAAAGCACUUGAAAUCAAUUUUAAUGUUAUAGGUCCAUCAAUUGGAAUGGUGAGCGAAGAUGAGGACAAAAUCAUUUCAAAUGAAGAAUCAACUAUACAACCAGAAGAAAAACUGUCUAAUGCAAUGCGAUCGUUCAAAAUCGAACCAGCGGAACGUGUACUGACAGAUAUCUUAAAACAGACGGAUGGUGUCAUUUAUUCUUUUGCUGAAGCUUUGCCAGUGCUCCAACAUUUUGUGUCUCGAAAGGUAAACUUACGCGGUCAAAAAUUCAAUCUGGAAUUGGGAAUCGAUUUGAAAUUGCCUUUACAAAUGUACAAAAAGAUUCAAACAACUGAUUUCAAACUUGCUGCAGAGAAGUAUGCAUCAAUAACCGGUACCCGGUUGAAACGCAAAACAUUAUAUGAGAAAUGUGUAAAAGAUGGCGAAGUUGACGAUGGUCUAACCGCAAUGGAUGUCGAUGUUGGCCGCAGUGAUUGCGCAUCUCAGGGAAGUUCUAAAAUAUUUGCAAAAGAAAUUGUGAAAGGAUAUAAGUUUGGGACAACAAUUGUUCCUUAUAACGCGGAAGAUCAAAAAGAAUAUGGAUGGAAACACGAAAAUCGUUGUUUGAAGCUCAUACAAUUUACGAAAAGAUCUCAGAUAUUGGAGCAUUAUUUGAUGGAUGGUGGUGCCUGUUACUUCAUUCCACCAGCUCUUGAUAAGAAUGCAUGUGUUGCUAUAUCAGCGCUUGUGAAUGCGAUGAUCGCUGAAGAUAGUGUUGCUCUAACUCGAUAUGUUUAUAAUGCUGCGUCACAGCCUCGAAUUAUGGGACUAUUUCCAAGAAGGAGUAAGAAAGGAGUCGAUAUGUUUGUCGGUAUUCAAUUACCAUUUUAUGAAGAUUUUCGUGGACUCAAUUUUCCACCACUGAAUAGUCCCGCAACUGAACCAAAAAAUGAUCAUCUUAGCGCAAUGCAUUCAUUUGUUCAAGCAAUGGAUCUCACAAAGGCUCAUUUUAACUCGCAAACAGGACAGUUUGAGGAAUCUCUACGUCCGCGUGAUGUGCCCAAUCCAAAGUUACAAAAUGUUUGCAAAGCCAUAAAGUAUCGUGCACUACAUCCGAAUGCUCCAUUGCCUGCUUUCGAGGAUAAAUUGCUGGGUGAUUUGCUCGAGCCAAAUGCUUUGUUGCUGAAGCGUGCAAAUGAAUCAUUGGUUUAUUUGAAAACUAAUCUUCCAAUGUUUGAGUCACCAAACAAAAAACAGCACAUAAAAGAAGUGAAGGAAGAAAUAUUACCCAGAAUGAGUGCAGACAACAGUGUGCUACCAGAAGGUGGCAAGUUUAUAAAAACCGAUGAAGUGGAUGCAUGAUUGUAUGGUUUACGUUAGCAUGAGUUGUAUGACUUCUAUUUUGUUCUACACUUUGUCUAGUUGUCUAGUUUACUUAGAAUCACAGCAUUUCAAUUUUAUUCAAAAGUCGCUUUAUCAUAAAUGUAAUUCUUUCUCCAGCAUAGAAAUGCUAGGUGAAAGCUCAAAUGCCAGCUUGUAUUUGUCUUUCGAGAUCUAACAUUUAGCAGUUCUCUUUUUUUCUAAACUAAAUCCAGAAAAAAGAGAAUUUUGAAAAAAUCUUCAUAUGUUUCAUAUUAUGUGAAGAAAUCAUAUAAAUUCCACAGGAAAGAUUGACCAUCUAAAUUAUGCUGUCAUUGGACAUUCUAACAAAGUGUUAAUGCUGAUGAAAUUUGUUAGUCAUGUGACUUCCCCACUUCAUUCUCCUGUUAAUUUCUCG